UCCCUUAUCCGAAAAAAAAACAAGUUCUGUGCAUUUUGAUAACAGGUCCCAUACUUGUAUGUAAAAAUUUUACUGUUACAGACAUUCUCUGUUUCCCAGCAGGUUCCCCUACUGACUUGCAGUGCCUUAAUAAAUGGUGUCAGAAAAGUGUUAUAAAACAUAGCACCCAUAUCAUUUUAGCACCGGCAAGGAUAUAUAUUUCUAGAACAUUUGUUUAGAAAUUUGAUUUGCUUUGUUACGUAUCUUUAAAAAGAAAAAAAAAUCUGAAAGAGAGAAGGUCUGAACCAAUGACAACACUGGAAAAAUAUGCUCUGGCAAGUAGAGUGAAAAAGUUCAGGCUGAGGGGAAGCUGAGAGCAGGAUUGUAUGGGAAUGAUUUCCAUAUAUCUUACAAGGCGCUUCCUCUGAAAAUGCUGGACUCUCUUAUGAGCUGAAGCUUUUUAUCAAGUAUCAGAAGGACUUAUCCAGCCGUUCCACCUUUCUGUUUCGUGGAGAAUCCCAUUAUGAUCAACUUAAUUCUCCUUCUUUGGACUGUAUCUUGCUCCGCUGAUAAUCUGCUGAGUAGUCCUGCUAAAGGAGACUCUCACUUCCCGACAGAAAAUUCCCAGCUGUUCUGCAGUUUACCAGGCCCACCCGGUCCACCUGGGGUCCCGGGGCAUCCCGGAUCUCCUGGAACUAUAGGAAGAAUAGGGUUUCCAGGAAAAGAUGGGAAAGACGGAAAAGAUGGAGACAAAGGAGAGAAAGGAGAUGAAGCUGCACAUGGUAGAACUGGGAAUCCAGGUAAACCAGGAAUAAAGGGAAAACCAGGAGCCAUUGGAAGAGCUGGCCCUAGAGGGCCAAAUGGAAUUCGGGGAGAUCAAGGAAAGGCUGGGGAGUCUGGAACACAAGGAUUUAAGGGCAAGAAAGGAGAUACUGGCAUGCCAGGACCAUGCAGGUGUGGCUCGAAGAAAGCCAAGUCAGCUUUCUCUGUUGCAGUUACAAAAAGUUACCCAAAGGAAAGAUUGCCUAUUAAAUUCGACAAAGUCCUUAUGAAUGAAGGUGGCCAUUAUAAUGUUUCCAGUGGGAAAUAUGUCUGUAAAAUACCUGGAAUUUAUUUCUUCACGUAUGAUAUCACCUUGGCCAACAAACACUUAGCCAUCGGACUGGUGCACAAUGGACAAUACAGGAUAAAGACUUUUGACGCCAACACUGGAAACCAUGACAUUGCAUCAGGCUCCACGAUCCUUCCAUUGAAACGUGGAGAUGAAGUAUGGCUGCAGAUAUUCUACUCAGAACAGAAUGGACUCUUUUAUGACCCGUACUGGACAGAUAGUCUAUUUACGGGUUUCCUCAUUUACCCAGAUCAAGAAUACAUUGAUGAUCGAAAGAGUAAAGGUGAAAGCAGCAGCCUUAAGGAAAUAUCGGAUGUCAGCUGAGACCUGUUCUAUCUUCUCAUAUUCUUAUAGGCUUGUGCUCAAUACAAUAAAAUACUUGUACAUA